AACGGAAAGAAAGCCUUUUUACUAUAAGAAAAUUUCAUCAAAGGAAUCAUUGAUUCGGUGAUAGUCUAAUGUCAAAAUUGUCUCAAAAUUAAAGUUUUAGUUUCGGAAAACCUAUCGUAUAAAUUUUCCCGGCCAUGUCAAAAUCGAAACAUACCAUCUAUUUCUUCACCAACGGUCAACCGUUCAAGCCACCGCACAAGGUUCUGAUCGAUCGUAACAAAUUGGAGGAUAAUCAAGUGAUCGAAAGAAUAAAUCGGCUUCACUAUUACAACGGUUAUGUAGUUUACACCCUGUUCGGAGAAGCACUUCGAUCGAUUCAGGAAAUUCACGAUGACUCGGCUUUUGUGGCAGUGUCCCGUGAUCAGUGCUUUCAGCCGGGACCAUACUUGAAAGUGUUUCGGCAAUACAUCAACGAGAAACUUCCUGCCAUUGAGGAAGGCAAGAAAUCAAACAAAAAGAAGAAAGCCAUAUCAAAACCCCUUGGCAGUAGCUACGGAUGCAAGGCACCCAUCCCAAGAAUGGCCAAGGAGGUUCGUUUCUGUCCCGGAUGCCGUCAUGUGGCGGUAGACACCCGUUGCAAGGACUUUAGUGCCAAGACACGCCGUGGCAAACAGGAUACCUGCGUUUGUAACAGGAUAGAUCCCCACGGGGCAUGUGUUCCGAUGCCGGUAAGGCCGAAAAGUAAAGGCAAGCGAAAGAAGAAAAAUAAAGGCUGGAGCAGCUGCUGUCGAAAGCAGCAAGAGAAAAAGGAACCACUGAUGGUGCGCAUGAGAAAGCGAGAUAUUGAGCAGAUGGAGCAAGCCAAAGCGAAGAAGGAACGGAGGCCGAAAAGUAGACAAGGAUCGACUUGCUGCGGGAAGAAGCCUACCCGAGACGAACAGUACAAGAAACAGCGUGAGAAGAUGAUCAAGCAGAGGGAGAAGCGCAUCAAGCAGGAAGAGAAACAGAGAGUCCAACAGCAGAAGGUAAUACAGACGCAAAUAAGACGGCGAAGGGCGAGACGACGGUGCUUGGCUUGCUGUUGUCCUUGCUGCAUCAAGAAACCAGAACCGAUAUGGAGACAACCAACGCCGCACAACUGCGUAGAGCAUCUGAAGCAGGCACGAGAUCAGGCGAUCCGACGCCGCAGAGCACUCCAGAUUCCGGAACAAUCAUCAUGGGAGAGUAUCACCUUUCCACCAAAGUUCAAGAAGAAGAUCCGUGGAACGCAGACCACCAAAGAGGACCUCAAGGCGGCACGGAAGGCCUCCGGGAAAGGUUGGAGCUGUUUCGGUGGCAAGAAGAAAACGAAGACCAUCGAAGCAGAAGAUGAAGAACUUGUCUGUUAG